AGAUUCUGCAGCUAAGCUAUUUUAUGUUUGCCAUCUUUCUUUCUCAAACCAUAAUUAAGACAACAUAUAGGUACAGGAGUGAGUACGUACUACUACUUUGUUAUUGUUAUUAAUUUCUCAGAGAGUUGUGUACGUACGUUGACGAGGAGGAUGACUUCAGGGGAGGUGUCUCGAGAGACCCAGAUGUCCAUUGAAGCUACGUCUAUGUUUCCUGGCUUUAGGUUUUCACCAACAGAUGUAGAGUUGAUUUCUUAUUAUCUGAAAAGGAAGAUUGAGGGAGCUGAGAAAUGUGUUGAAGUUAUUUCUGAGAUUGAAAUUUGUAAACACGAGCCUUGGGAUUUGCCAGAGAAAUCUGUCAUCCAAUCGGAGAAUGAGUGGUUCUUCUUUUCGGCUCGUGGAAGAAAAUACCCGAAUGGGUCACAAAGUAAGAGGGCAACUGAACUUGGUUACUGGAAAGCAACUGGCAAGGAACGUAACGUGAAGUCAGGUUCUGAUGUGAUUGGUACCAAGAGGACUCUUGUGUUCCACGUAGGUCGUGCGCCGAAAGGGGAAAGAACAGAGUGGAUCAUGCAUGAAUAUUGUAUGCAAGGACAAUCCCAGGAUUCUUUAGUCGUUUGCCGCCUGCGGAAGAAUGCCGAGUUCCGUCUCAGUGAUACUUCAAACCAGGGUGAUGUAAAUGAAAGGCAUUUGUCAACCACGCAUAAUAGUAGUAAUGCCGUUUCUGAUGGUGGUAUUGAUCAGGGGGGGGUACCUGCAAGUGAGAAGGCUGCUGAAUGCUCGAAUAGCUAUGAAUCUUACUCUAUUGAGCAACUUUCUUCAGCGUCCGAAUCUGAACUGAAAUUAUCAAAUGAUGUUGCCUUGGCAGAGUCUUCCAGCCACCAGAAGGAUUCUGACAACUAUGAGGAUUUUUAUGCUGAUAUACUGAAGGAUGAUAUUAUUAAACUCGAUGAAACUCCUUUUUAUGCCUCUCCUGGGCUUCGUUCACUGGUUGCAAGCAACUCUCAGGCUGAAACAAGACCUGAACAACCAGUCGAAAUGUUUAUGUCGGGGGCACUUCCUUUAUCCUCAAUUUCUUCACAAGGAACUGAAAAUCAGCCAGUCGAGAUGUUUAUGUCGGAGGCACUUCCUUUACGCUCAGUUCCUUCGCAAGGAACAGAAAAUCAGCCUGUCGAGAUGUUUAUGUCGGAGGCACUUCGUUUAUCCUCAAUUUCUUUGCAAGGAACUGAAAAUCAGCCAGUCGAGAUGUUUAUGUCGGAGGCACUUCCUUUAUCCUCAAUUUCUUGGCAAGGAACUGAAAAUCAGCCAGUUGAGAUGUUUAUGUCGGGGGCACUUCCUUUACACUCAAUCCUAGGAACUGAAAAUCAGCCAGUUGAGAUGUUUAUGUCGGGGGCACUUCCUUCACCCUCAAUCCUAGGAACUGAAAAUCAGCCAGUUGAGAUGUUUAUGUCGGAGGCACUUCCUUCACCCUCAAUCCUAGGAACAGAAAAUCAGCCAGCCGAGAUAUUUAUGUCGGAGGCACUUCCUUCACCCUCAAAUUCUUCGCAAGGAACAGCAAACCGAAGAAUGAAGCUGAGGAGGCAAAUGCCUGGUAUGUCUCAAGCAGAGAUGCAUGUUAAUAAUGUAGGUGAGGAAGGUAAGUUGCCAUGCUCAAAGGAGCCUCCAAAAUGUGUGCUUAGUUUACUCUCUGCAAAGACGGGCAAGCUUCGACAUAUUUCUACAGUUUUUAUUAUCCUGACUUUACUGGUUGUGUUUGUGUACUUGUUGGGAGGCUUCAAGUAAGUCAAAAGGAUCAUACAUGCCACCAUGUACAGAACCUAGCUCCUGGCAUUAAAUGUACAAAUGUCAGAUUGGCAAGAUGUUUAUAUGUAAUUAAACAUAGCAAAUGAUUAGAGGAGAACUUAGCCAUCAAAACAAGAUAUGUAAUUAAUUCUUAGUUGCAUAAUAAUAAAGAAGCAUGCCUGGAUUUGAUUAAGGCAUGGAAUAAAA